UCACACCAAACAGAACAAGCAAGAGAAAAUACAAGUUACAGUUGAAAAAUGACAAGGAUGAUAAUGAAGGUUCUAUGCGUUGUGGUGGCCUUCAUGGUGGUGUCAACGCCUUAUACAAUGGCUAUUACUUGUGAUGAUGUCGUUAACAAGUUGACCCCAUGCGCAAACUACCUGAAGAAAGGUGGUGCAGUGUCAACGCCAUGCUGUAAGGGUGUUAAGGGACUGCAUGCGGCGGCUAAAUCAACCCCUGAUCGGAAGACCGCCUGCGUUUGUAUGAAGGAAGCAUAUAAAUCAAAUCCCGGCAUCAAACCAGAGAACGCCCUUGUUCUUCCAAAAAAGUGUGCUGUUAAUAUUCCUUACAAGAUCAGCCUUAAAACCGAUUGCUCCAAGGUGAAGUGAGCCUUUACGUUGAGAGCAUGGACAUGGAGACAUGCAUGAUCACUUGGGUUGCGUAGAAACAUAUAUAUGAAAUAUCGAUAAAAAAUAAUAUUCGAAACCCGGUUUUCCCUUACUUUGUAUUGUCUAGCUUAAUAUGUUGUUCUUGUUAUGUUAUGCAAUUAGUUUGGUAUUACAUUCUUCUGUCCAGGGGCGAACACGAACACUAAAACUAGGGGGCUAGAAAUAAAACUUCAGAAAAAAAAGACAUAUACCAAGUUUAAUAUAUACCAAUUUUAAUUCGAUUUAAGUUAUUAUAUAUUCGAUAUGUAAAGAAGACAAUUAACAGAAUAAAUUACACGAAUG